AUGGCCGACAGCACGAGUCCCAAAGGAAACUCUGGGGACUUUGCUAAGAAAGUCCAGAGACGACUGAGCAGAGGCAAAGAGAAGGUUUUGCAAAGGCUGGGAAAAGCUGAGGAGACCAAAGAUGAUGAGUUUGAACAAUAUCACCAGUUGUUUAGUGACCAGCAGGCUGAUGGGAACCGGAUACACAAAGACCUGAGGAGCUACAUCAACGCAGUCAGAGACAUGCGUGAAGCAUCGAGGCGUCUUUCCCAGUCUCUGUUCGACGCCUAUGAAAACGACUGGGCCGGAGAGGAAGACCUGGGCUCCAUCGUAGAGGGGGAGGAUCUCCUGUGGAACGACUUCGAGGUGAAGCUGCUGGACCAGGCCGUGCGCACCAUGGAGUCCUACGCAGGCCAGUUCCCAGAUGUCAAGGAGAAAGUUGCCAAGAGGGGAAGAAAGCUGGUCGACUACGACUCUUCACGUCACCACCUGGAGGCGCUGCAGGCUGCAAAGAAGAGGGAUGACGUCAAGAUAAACAAGGCAGAGGAGGAGAUGAUUUAUGCCAAAAGUGUCUAUGAGAGCUUCAACAAUGAGCUAAAGGAAGAGAUGCCUGUGCUCUAUGACAGCCGUGUCGGAUGCUACGUGUCUGUCUUCUCUGCCGUGUCAAAUUUACGAGACAUCUUCUAUAAGGAAAUGAGCACGCUCAAUAUUGAUCUGCAGAAUGUGAUAAAGGAUCUGCAGGCUCAGCAUCCAGAGAAAGUGUUUGCUGUGAAGGGGAUCCAGCGUUACGGCUCCUUGAGGAGACGGACCCUGAUGUCCCCGAAGGCCUGGAAAGCCAGUUUCUCUGAGUUUCACAAGAGCUACACUCCUAAGCCUGGGCAGAAGUUUGCACUCAGGUCCCCGGACAAACCUCGCCGCAGCACUUUGACCAGAGAGGGAAGCACCCUGUCCAGAGAGGGCAGCACCCUGUCCAGAGAGGGCAGCACCCUGUCCAGAGAGAGCAGCCUCCUCACUGUCAACCCACAACUGUCAUCUCUGGAAAGCCCUGACCCUGAGGAGUCCGAGGACCUGGACCUGGGAUCAAGCCUCAGUGAGAGCCAGACGUCUCCUGCAAAGGAACAGAAGUCAGGAGAAGACAGCCAUCCAGAGGAGAAGGAGAAGGGAGAGGGAGAAGUCAAGUCUGAGCUGGAGCCUCCUGCAGAAUCUGAGGUUAAAGGAAAGGGUGAGGAAGCUCCGGCGAGUGACAGCAGCUCGGAACUGAACCACUCCUGUGAUUCUGAGAGCCUGGAGCUGCAGCUGUCGGCGGCUGACAACGGCCCGCUGCACAUCGAAGAGAGAGAAGACAGCCCGGUGACCCUCAGCGCUCUGAAAUCAAAUGGACUGGAGAACCGGGAAGUUUCUGGACUCAACUCGGACCCCAAGGACCUGGGCUCUCCUCACAAGGACGCUGCUGCAGAUACACAGACGUCCCAUGAUCCCAAAAGCACAGAGGUUUAGACGUUCCACACUUUGAAAUGAGGAAAGCACAAAGGAGCUCAAAGUCAACAGCUGCACGAGAGGAGAAAUGUGG